AUGGCCAUCCCUUGUAUCAAGAAACUGAACAAAAUAAAAUUUGGAGAGUUUUUAGGGUGAAAAAUAAAUCAGAUAGUUAAGAAUAUAUAUUAUAAAAAUUUACUAAGAAUCAUUAUUCUAUGGUGAUGAGGAGAGAAAAUCAUUUUAUAAAGAAAUAUCAGUGACUCGUCAAUUAUAAACUGAUUUAGCAACAAGGUUUUAUGAUCUAUUUGAAAGUCCAGAUCAAAUAUAUGUUAUUGUCGAAAAUUUACCCCCAUAUACAUUUCAAGAGUAUGUUUAAAUGAAUCCUUUCUUUUCGGAAGAAAGGCUGCCAAGGCCAUUUUUAGAAUAAUUAAAAUAGUUGCCUAUCUUCAUUCUAAGAAAAUCAUGCAUAGAGACAUAAAACUAGACAAAUUUAUCUUUAGAUAAUUGGAAAAUUUAGAUAGUUUUAAGUUUAACAGAUUUCAAGUUAGCCGAAUUCUAUGAUGACGAAGGAAGUUAUCUAUAAUAAAGAUGUGGAACCGUAGAAUAUGAGGUCCCUGAAGUCUUAGCUGACUAAAACUAUGAUCUCGAAUGUGAUGUGUAUUGUGUCGGAAUUCUACUCUUUAUUCAUAAGUGA